AUGUCUGUCACCGACUCGACCUCCUUUGUCGUCCCCUCGGCCGAAUCCGACGACGAUAUUGACUCGCUGCCCUCCGAGCCCACCACCGAGAGCCUCGACUACGAAAACGAUGCCGAGCGCGAGUGGAACGAGAGCCUGCAGCAGCUCGAGCUCCUGCUGACCAUGGUCGUGGUCCCCUACCUCGGAAAGUACUUUGGCCGGAAAUGCGCAUAUUGGGGCUGGGCCAAGUUCAUGGAGUGGAAGUACCCCGUCCAGAUCACCGUUACCAGCCCCGCCGCCUUCAAGGGCGCUGGUGUCGUCGAGGCCGCCGCGCCAUUGUGA